AUGACUACGCCAGGCAGUAUUCCCUCGAUGGAGACAUCUCACGAUGAGCUCAAGGACAACACCAUUAUCAUUGUCCUUGGUGCCUCUGGAGAUCUCGCAAAGAAGAAAACAUUCCCGGCCUUGUUCGGCCUAUUUCGUCUGGGGUACCUGCCCCGCGAUGUCAAGAUUGUUGGCUACGCGCGUACUAAGAUGGACAAGGCCGAGUACCACAAGCGCGCCACUUCCUACCUCAAGAACCCAGACAACGACCCAGAAACCACCAGCGCCAUCGAGCAGUUCAAGGAGAUUUCUACUUACGUCUCUGGCAGCUAUGAGGAUUCAGAAUCUUUCGCCCAACUCAAUUCCCACCUCCAAGAAAUCGAGUCUCAUUACCAAUCGAAAGAAGCUAAUCGUCUCUUUUACCUCGCGCUUCCUCCCAGUGUCUUCGUACCCUCAGCUAAGAAUCUCAAGGAGCAAUGCUACUCCCCGACCGGCCAAAAUCGAAUCAUUGUCGAGAAGCCGUUUGGAAAGGAUCUUGAUUCGUCCCGCGAACUGUUAGAUUCUCUGAAGCAGUAUUGGACUGAAGAUGAGACGUUCCGAAUUGACCACUACCUUGGGAAGGAGAUGGUGAAGAACAUACUUGUCCUGCGAUUCGCUAAUGUCGCGAUGGGGGCUGCCUGGGACAAAAACCACAUCUCCAAUGUCCAAAUCACCUUUAAAGAACCUUUUGGCACGGAGGGUCGUGGAGGAUACUUUGAUGAGUUCGGCAUUAUUCGUGAUAUUCUGCAGAAUCAUUUGUUGCAAGUGCUAAGCAUCCUCACCAUGGAGCGGCCAGUCUCUUUCUCGGCUGAGGACAUCCGAGACGAAAAGGUCAAAGUGCUUCGUUCUAUCCCUCCCAUUGCGCGGGAAGACACGCUUCUUGGGCAAUACAUCGCGGCUAACGGUAAACCCGGCUACCUCGAUGAUGACACCGUCCCACACAACUCUGUUUGCCCUACUUUUGCUGCCACAACGCUCUGGAUUCACAACCCACGAUGGGAGGGCGUCCCUUUCAUUUUAAAGGCUGGCAAAGCCCUCAACGAGGCCAAAGUCGAAGUUCGCAUUCAAUUCAAGGACGUAACCCAGGGAAUCUUCAAGGACAUUGUAAGAAAUGAGCUUAUCAUCCGCAUUCAACCUUCAGAAGCUGUGUAUCUCAAAAUGAACACCAAAACUCCCGGCCUUAUCACUCGCGCUAUGCCAACCGAGAUGGACCUCACAUACAAGAGGCGGUUCACUGAAACGAAGAUUCCUGAGGCAUAUGAGGCAUUAAUUUUGGAUGCACUGAAGGGCGAUCAUUCUAACUUUGUGAGGAACGAUGAGCUGGACGUAGCUUGGAAGAUUUUCACUCCGAUUUUGCACUGGAUCGAGGGCAGACAAGGUCAACUCCCACGCCCCGUCCCUUACCCAUAUGGCUCGCGUGGACCCAAGGAACUCGAUGGGUUCAUUCAGAAGUAUGGCUUCAAACGGGCUAACGACGCCUAUGUCUGGCCUGUUACCAACCUUGCUGCUUUGUAA